AGCGUUUCCUCUCAGCUGCUGCUGUUUAUCCCGAUGAGCCGCGCAGGUCGACAUGGAUUGGCGCCUGUUGGUUUGUUUGAUUUUUCUGGCGCAUUUGAGAGUUUUGAGAGGACAAAUCUCGGAGUGCAGUCAUGACCAGUGGCAGUGUGACGAUGGCGGGUGUAUUCCUGCUGUGUGGAGAUGUGAUGGAGAUGGAGAUUGUCUGGAUGGAUCAGAUGAAGUGGACUGCACUGGACUACGAGGCUCUGAUUGUCCGCCAGGUCAGUUUCCUUGUGUGGACUCUGUUGGCUGUGUUAAAGCGUCGGCCCGCUGCGAUGGACAAAAGCAGUGUCCCACUGGCUCCGAUGAGGAGAACUGUCCAGUCACAGAGGGCUGCCUGGACUCUGACUGGACAUGUCAAAAUCACAUCUGCAUCCCUAAAGAGCUGAGGUGCAAUGGAAUAGAUGACUGCAUGGACAACUCUGAUGAAAAGGACUGUGAUUUGUGCAGUGAGGGCAGCAUACGGUGUCCUGAGGGGACAUGUCUAUCUGCUGACGAGCAGUGCGAUGGCACAUUUCACUGUUCUGAUGAAAGCGAUGAGCCCAUAACCUGUGGGCGUGCCUGCGUUAUGGACAAUGGUGGAUGUAGCCAUGUGUGCACUGACGAACCCAGGGGAGUUCUGUGUUCUUGUCCUGCUGGAUAUAAGCUGUCUCCUAAUGGAACAGACUGUGAAGAUUUGGAUGAAUGUGCUCCACCUUUCGACCCCUGUGCUCAUCACUGCAGUAACACCAUCGGUUCUUACUAUUGCUACUGCAGAGAGGGAUUCAAACUAAAUGAAAACUCAACAUGUGUGGCUUCAGCUAAUCCUGUCCGAUUGCUGCUGGUUGGGGGGACAGCUUUAGGAUUAUUGAAUGUGAAAUCUCAACAGUUUGAAAUUAUUCAGAGUUCAACAUUUGACUCUGUGGCCUUGGCGUUUGAUGUUGCGCGGGGGUGGUACUACUGGGCUGACAGCCGUGGCAACAUUUACAAAAGUGAUGGACAGCAAAGCUGGACAGCCUAUACUGGAGAGCCUGGUAUCAAAGGUUUAGCUUGUGACUGGCUCAGUGGGAAUCUGUUCUGGACCAACAAGAAGACGGAGUCCAUCUACCUGCAGAGUUCUGAUGGAAAAAGUUACACUGCUCUGCUCAGCAAAAACAUCAGGCCCUCAGAGCUGGUCGUUAUGCCUGUAGAAAGCUUGAUGUUCUGGAUCAAUACGGGUCCAAGUGACAGAGCAACAAUAGAAAAGUCUUGGAUGGAUGCCUCAGAAAGAAGCUCUCUGGCAGUCAUCACUGCUCAGUCUGCCCACAGCCUCACUGCUGAUGUAGCUGCCAGACGGCUGUACUGGAUCAGUGAUUUUAAGAGGUCCAUAGAGACUGUGAAGGUGGAUGGGAGUGGCCGUUACUCCUACACAGGACUGUUCAGCAGGAGAGCACCGCAGAGCCUUGCUGUGUUUGAAAGUUCGUUUUAUUGGGUUGAUAACAAAGGACUCUGGCAGGCUCCACAGACUCAACUGAGCCAGAGAAAAUUUAUAUGGGAACCCACACUGCCAGUAUUAGCUGUUUACCAUGAGCUACAACAGCCUCAAGGUUAUUCUGCAUGUGUAAAAACACCCUGUCACCUCUGCCAGCUAACUAAAAGCAACCCUCUUGGAUUCACCUGCUCUUGUCCAAACCUCAAAUUGCUGUUGCUGGAUGAGACAUGUGAAAAUCCACGGUUUCUCUAUGCUACAAAUACGGAAAUCAUCUUGUUGGAGUUGGAAGAUAAAGGGUUCAUUGAAAGCCAGCUUUUCACCACCAAUGAGGGGAUCCUCUCUUUUGAGAUUGACUGGGACAGAGACUGGCUUUACUGGGCAAACCAAACUGGCCACAUUCAACGCAUCAGUUUAACAGCGGCCACCGCUGAGCUGGUCCCAACACCUUUGCCAGUUUGUCUGAUAAAUGUGGACCAGAGGAGCGGAAGCCUUUAUUGGGUGUCAUGUCAUCGAAACACCAUCGGAACAAUCGCAGCUGACAGCUACUACCCAAAGCAGCUUUACUACACGACAAAGGAGAUUAAAAACUUGUAUCUGGACUGGCUGCGGGGUACCAUCAUCUGGCUAGAAGAAGAUCGAAUUCUCAGCAUGAGCAUGUUGGGAGGUGACGCUAAAGAGCUGCUGCACAUAGCUGGAGGAGUGAGUGGGGGCAUCGCUUUUGACCUCAGGGCUAAUAGCCUGCUGUGGAACUCAAAAAUGGCAGGCUUAACAACAUUAAGUUUGCUGCGAGAGAGAAGCCACCAAGCUGGAAGAAGAUGGAAGAUUUCGGGCUCAGUUGUAGCUGCCCUCGAGCCUUUUCUCUUGUCAGUUUCAGACAACGUAAUGACUCUGUGGGAUCAGCGUGAUGGGAGCCCUAUUCAAGAUGCAGCUGUGACGGGUCAUGUGAUCAGAGUAAUCACUGCUCUCAUAGAUAUUCAGACAGUUCAGACCUGCAGGAAACCAUCGUUUUUGUGCAGACACUCAUCAGUCUGCCUCUCAGAAGCUCAGCUGUGUGACGGGAAAAAGGACUGCCCGGAAGGAGAUGACGAGUUUUGUCCUGGGGCUUGUCUGUCUAUAGAGGAGUUCGAAUGCCAGGACCGGAGCAGUUGCCUUUCCAGACGUCUUGUGUGUGAUGGUCGGUCUGAUUGUACCGAUGGCUCGGAUGAGGCUGAUUGUCCAACUGCAGCUCCUCGUACAAGUCGGUCAAAUGUGAUGAAAUGUCGCAUAGGCUCAAAGCCAUGUGAAGAUGGCAAAGACUGUGUUUUAUAUAGUCACGUGUGUGAUGGAGAGGACGACUGUGCGGAUGGAUCAGAUGAACUGGGCUGCGAUGCCCUGCAACAGAACAUGACUACCACAAGAACUAAUAUGGACCAAUCAAACAAAACUCCAGGUCCUACCACUCUUUCUCCUCGAGCUCUCCUGGCCUGCACCAGUCCCUCUGUCCUCUGUCCUUCUUCUGCUUACCUCUGCAUAUCUCCAGACCAGUUCUGCAAUGGACAUAGUGACUGCCCUGACGGCUUUGAUGAAAAGAACUGCGUAAAAAGUUGCCCCUCAAAAAAUGACUUUCUUUGCAAAGAUCAUCGCGGCUGCGUAUCUAAAAGCCUGGUUUGUGACGGUGAAUUUCAUUGCUACGACGGCUCUGAUGAGGUCGACUGUUCGAGUGCAGCCACGGCUGCUCCUCGGAGAAACAUUCUGAAAUGCCGUUUGGGGUUCACAGUCUGCAAAGAUGGGAAUCAAUGUGUCCUCAAUAUCAGCGUCUGUGAUGGAGAGAAAGACUGUCAAGAUGGAUCAGAUGAAGAACGAUGCAAUGAUGCAGAGAGAGAUUCUACAAUGCAAAUAGAGAGACGGCCCUCAAAUAAUUCUCCUGUACUCCUCACACCGUCCAUUAAACCUCACUACAGGCUACCUUGCAGCAGUCCUUCAAUUCUGUGUCCAGAUUCCUCUUUGUGCAUUAAACCAGCACAGAUAUGUGAUGGAAGAAAAGACUGCCAUGAUGGAUCUGAUGAGAACUGUGUGAAAGGGUGUCCUUUUGAGGACUUUCUCUGCAAGGACCGAAGGGGCUGUGUCUCCAAGAGUCUGGUCUGUGAUGGACUGUUUCAGUGCCAGGAUGGAUCAGAUGAACUGAACUGUCAGAGUGUGGCCGCGCCUGCAGCUCAAAAUGUGCUGCAGUGCCGCAGGAACGCAAAGAUGUGUAGUGAUGGCACAGAGUGUGUUUUACUCAGCCACGUAUGUGACGGAGAGAAAGACUGCAUGGAUGGAUCUGAUGAAGAAGGAUGUCCAGGAAUUUGCAAAAAAGGUGAGUUUCAGUGUGCCCAUGGGAAAAUGUGCAUCCCUGAGGUUCAGGUGUGUGAUGGGAGGUUCCAGUGUCAGGACCAUUCAGAUGAAGCUGACUGCCAGAAACCAAUCAAGAGCUGUGAGCAUCGUUGUGCUGACGGGAAGCGCUGCAUCCCAAAGAAGUUCCUGUGUGAUGGAGAAAAAGACUGUGUGGAUGGCUCAGAUGAAGUGGGCUGCAAUCAGGCUGCUGCUCCAUCAUCAGAGUCUCCUGUCUUCACUGCAUCACCUUGCAUUGCUCCUUCAGUUCUCUGCCCUGGAUCAUCACUGUGCAUCUCUCAAAAUCAGCUGUGUGAUGGACAAAGAGACUGCCCUGAUGGUUUUGAUGAAAACGGCUGUGCUGUCCAGUGUGAAAACCCAAAUGACUUCUUGUGCAGCAACCAGAAAAAAUGUGUCCCUGGAAUGCAAGUGUGCGACGGCCGAGCCCAGUGUCCCGAUGGCUCUGACGAGAAGCUCUGUCAAUCACCAAAUCCUACUGCCACCUCCUCCAUGAGUGGCUUCGGCACCAGACAAACUCCUCUCAGAUGCCGCAUUGGUUUCAAACGAUGUAAAAAUGGCCAUGAGUGCGUUAUGUACAGCCAUGUGUGUGAUGGGGAGAAGGAUUGCAGUGAUGGCUCAGAUGAAGAGGGAUGUGUGGCUGAGGGUGCCAGUAUGGCUACUGACACAGGAACACUCGGAUCAACUGUAUCUCCUUCCGUCAACUUUCGCACAGAGCAGCCUUGCAUCAGUCCUUCAAUUCUGUGUCCAGAUUCCACUUUGUGCAUAGAACCAGCACAGAUAUGUGAUGGAAAACAAGACUGCCCCGAUGGCUCCGAUGAGAAGUGCGUGAAGAAGUGUCCUGAUGACAGAGACUUUCUCUGCAAGGACCGAAGGGGCUGUGUCUCCAAGAGUCUGGUCUGUGAUGGACUCUCUCAUUGUCAAGAUAGAUCGGAUGAACUGAACUGUCCUAGUGCGGCCGCUCCUGCAGCUAAAGAUGAUGUGCUGCAGUGCCAUAGGAACGCAAAGAUGUGUAGUGAUGGCACAGAGUGUGUUUUACUCAGCCACGUAUGUGAUGGAGAGAAAGACUGCAUGGAUGGAUCUGAUGAAGAAGGAUGUCAAAAUACCUGCAAAAGAGGUGAGUUUCAGUGUGCCCAUGGGAAAAUGUGCAUCCCUGAGGUUCAGGUGUGUGAUGGGAGGUGGCAGUGUCAGGACCAUUCAGAUGAAGCUGACUGCCAGAAACCAAUCAAGAGCUGUGAGCAUCGUUGUGCUGACGGGAAGCGCUGCAUCCCAAAGAAGUUCCUGUGUGAUGGAGAAAAAGACUGUGUGGAUGGCUCAGAUGAAGUGGGCUGCAAUCAGGCUGCUGCUCCAUCAUCAGAUUCUCCUGUCUUCACUGCAUCACCUUGCGUUGCUCCUUCAGUUCUCUGUCCUGGAUCAUCACUGUGCAUCUCUCAAAAUCAGCUGUGUGAUGGACAAAGAGACUGCCCUGAUGGAUCUGAUGAAAAUGACUGUGCUGUCCAUUGUGUAAACCCAACUGACUUUCUCUGCAAAGAUCAUAUGGGCUGUGUCUCCAAGAGUCUGGUCUGUGAUGGACGCCGUCAUUGCCAGGAUGGAUCGGAUGAACUGAACUGUCUGAGUGUGACCGCUCCUGCAGCUCAAGAUGAUGUGCUGCAGUGCCAUAGAAAUGCAAAGAUGUGUAGUGAUGGCACAGAGUGUGUUUUACUCAGCCACGUAUGUGACGGAGAGAAAGACUGCAUGGAUGGAUCUGAUGAAGAAGGAUGUCCAGGAAUUUGCAAAAAAGGUGAGUUUCAGUGUGCCCAUGGGAAAAUGUGCAUCCCCGAGGUUCAGGUGUGUGAUGGGAGGUUCCAGUGUCAGGACCAUUCAGAUGAAGCUGACUGCCAGAAACCAAUCAAGAGCUGUGAGCAUCGUUGUGCUGACGGGAAGCGCUGCAUCCCAAAGAAGUUCCUGUGUGAUGGAGAAAAAGACUGUGUGGAUGGCUCAGAUGAAGUGGGCUGCAACUACAACACUGCAACAACCAAGGCUCCUGCUUUUCCUUUUGCUUCACCGUGCACUCCUCCUUCAGUUCUCUGCCCUCGAUCGUCACUGUGCAUUGCUAAACAUCAGCUGUGUGAUGGACAAAGAGACUGCCCUGAUGGAUCUGAUGAAAAUGACUGUAUGGUUCAUUGCGAAAACUCAAAUGACUUCUUGUGCAGUGACCACAAACAGUGUAUCCCUGAAAUGCAAGUGUGCGACGGCCAAGCCCAGUGUCCCGACGGCUCUGACGAGAAGCACUGUCAGUCACCAAAUCCCACUGCCACCUCCUCUGACGAGCUCAGCACCAGAUCGACUCCUCUGAAGUGCCGCAAUGGUUUUAAGCUGUGCGACAACGGCCUGGAGUGCGUCAUGUACAGCCACUUAUGUGAUGGAGAAAAGGACUGCAAGGACGGGUCAGAUGAAGAGGGAUGUGCUAUUCAGUGUAAAGCAGGUGAGUUCCAGUGUUCCCAUGGGAAAAAAUGCCUCCCACAAGAGCGAGUGUGUGACGGGCAAAAUGACUGUCUGGACCGAUCUGAUGAAACUGACUGCUCAGUUAUGAUUGAGGGCUGCCAUCAGCGCUGUGAUAAUAAUACUCGCUGCAUACCAAAGAGCUUCCUGUGUGAUGGAGAGAGAGAUUGUGCUGAUGGGUCAGAUGAGGAAAACUGUGGUUUGGUGUCCUGUGCGGAUCAUCAGUAUCGAUGCGUUAGCGGUCAGUGCGUGUCUGAGGCACUGAGAUGUGACGGAUAUGCCGACUGCAGUGACGGCUCUGAUGAGCUGCACUGCUCGAGGCCCCCACGCUGCCUCACACAACUCCGAUGCCCACACACUCAUGAGUGUUUGCAGAAAGAGUGGCUCUGCGAUGGCGAGGACGACUGCCAGGAUGGUUCAGACGAGAAGAACUGCAAUGCUCCUCCAGCAAAGUGCUUAAAGUUCCAGUGGCAGUGUGGAGACAGCAUUCAGUGCGUUCCUCUGUCAUGGAGGUGUGAUGGGAGGAAGGACUGUUACAAUGGCAUCGACGAGGAAAAAUGUAGCCAGAAAAUAUGCCCUUCUCAUCUUUACCAGUGUGGCAGUGGAGAGUGUGUGGACACUAACCUGGUGUGUAAUGGCGUCACUAACUGUGCUGAUGGGUCAGAUGAGGGUGUGAAUUGUGUGCAGCACAGCUGCUCCAGUCCAUCGGCUCCCUUAUGCGACCACAGCUGUGUCAGCACACCGUAUGGUCCGAAGUGCUACUGUGCUGCGGGUUUCAGACUGAUGUCCAGAGCCACACACUGUGUGGACAUCGAUGAGUGUACAACAACACCUCAUGCCGUAUGCAACCACAUUUGUCGGAACACCCGUGGAUCCUACAGCUGUCAUUGCCACCUUGGCUUCUACCUGGAACCUGAUAACAAAAGCUGCAAGACGAAAGAUGAGCCCUUGCUUCUGGCAUCAGUGCAGUCAGACUUGUUCCUGCUGGGAGUCCAUAGUGGCACGCUGCGUCUCCUCACCUCUACCAGUCGACCCGCCUUCUCACUGGAUUAUCACUGGGUUCAACAAAGGAUUUACUGGCUGAGUACUGACUACCAGAGCAUCCGCUGGGUCGACAUGAGAAACCCAGACAAAAGAGGAAACUUGGUCAAAGGUGUGAAGUCUGAUUUUAUCGCAGUGGACUGGGUGGGUAAGAAUUUAUACUGGGUGGAUGGCCUGGUUGGUCAAAUUCUGGCAGUGAAACUCAGCAACGCCACAGUGAGGUCUCAGGACUGCACUGUGGUCCUGGGAGAAGAUUUGGAGCAGCCAAGCUCCUUGGUUCUGCUGCCACAUAAAGGGCUGAUGCUGUGGUCUGAGAUCGGCAGCACGCCUCAGAUUAAGCAGUCUGGGAUGGAUGGUUCAGAGAGGAAGGUGGUUGUGAGCCACAGUUUGAGUUGGCCAGUCAGUUUGGCCUAUGACCUCCUAGAUAACAGAGUGUACUGGGCAGAUGAGAAACUGCGCUGCAUUGGCUCAGCCUCUCUGGAUGGAGGCAACAUCAAGAUCAUUCAGUUGGCUGAAACGCCAAACCCUUUCUCAGUGGUGGUCUUCAAUGAUCGUGUUUUCUGGUCUGACACAAAGAGAAGAGUCAUACGCUCAGCUGACAAGAACACUGGGAAAGACCAAAAGGUUGUUCUGAAGAGACCGGGACAGCCAUUUGGGCUAAAGCUGAUGCAUGCCCUUUCGCAGCCAGCUGUGCCCAGUCCUUGUGACCAUCUGCGCUGCUCCCAUAUUUGCCUUCUGGCCCCCCCGGUGACGGGCAGAUCAGCAGUAUGUCGAUGCCCGAAGGGUCUGCUGCUUUCCAAGGACAACAUCACCUGCUCUCGGCCCAGGGAUUCAUCUUUCAUCCUGCUCCUGUCUCAAAACACAAUUUACCAGAUUUACUUGCGCUCCUUGCGAAGGGAUGGUAUCGCCCUGAAAAAAAUGCCAAACAGCAGAGUCUUGGCCCUCCCGGAUAUAAACGAAGCCAUGGGGCUAGAUAUCUCCACCCAGGAGUUGUAUGUGGCUUAUGCGGGAUCUGUGGAUGUUCUGAAAAUGGGAAGCUACAGGUCAAGACAAGGACUCACACCUGCUGGACAAGUCCUAAAGCUGAAGGAUGAUUCGGUCACGGCUCUGGCAAUUGACUGGGUGACCUCUAACCUCUACUGGAGCAGCAGCUCAAGGCCCAACAUCCAUGUGACAUCCCGCAAUGGUGGCUACACCACGUCUCUCCUGCAAGGAUCACUGACGCUUGCCACAUCCAUCGCGUUACAUCCCUCCUCAGGUCGACUUUGCUACACAGCAGUGGUCAUGGCAGGUGGGAAGAGCCUGACGGAGGUGGUCUGUGCCUGGAUGGAUGGCCGGAACAAAGCAGUGCUGUGGGGAAAGUCGAGAGUCCCCAACUCCCUGGUGUUCGUUAAUAAUGGGACCAGAAUCUACUGGGCUGACACUGAUGGAGUGAUCAGCUCCAUUGGAGUGGAUGGUUUGGGAUAUAAACAGUUUAAGGCAGGACCUGAUCUGAUUAUGUCCUUGACAAUUACUGAGAACAUCCUGUUCUGGGUCACACAGGGAAAGGAUGUGACCAAGCUGUGGUUCAGUGAUGGCCUCCAGCCUAAACAGUUGUGGUUUGAGACAAAGACCAGCGUGGUGGAAAUCAGAGCUCACAGCAAUGACACCCAGUCAGGAAGCAAUAGCUGCUCCAAAAACAAUGGAGGGUGUGUCCAUCUGUGCCUGGCCUAUCCCGGAGGUAGGAUCUGUAAAUGUGGGCGUGGCUUUUACACCUUAAAUGUCACUUCUUGUGCCCCAAUUACCUCCUGUGCCCCUGGAGAAGAAUCCUGCUUUGACCGCAGCCAGUGUAUCAGCAGGAGCAAGUUCUGUGAUGGACAGGUUGACUGCCUGGACCAGUCGGACGAACAGGACUGUCCGACUUCAAACACUGCCUCAUUUGGAACUGAAGACACUGAUGGCCACCCUCUGGAUUCGUCAUCCUCUACAUCCAACACAGACAAGAACUCUGUCUCAUUUCAAGACUCUGCCUCCUGUGAUCUGCAACGCUGCAGUAGUCAUGGGAACUGCAUUGUGGAGGGUAAAUUCACUCGCUGCCAGUGUCUGUCUGGUUACAAAGGAGAGUUCUGUCAAGAGGAAGAAAGGCAAAGCCAUGUCGGGGUGAUCCUGGGUGUCUUCUGCCUCAUUGCAGUGCUGAUAGUCGCCGGAUUCAUUUUCACUAAAAGGAGAGGAUGGGAGCUCAUCAGAAGCCGAUCCGCAGACAAGGAAAAUCUCAUGGCCAACAUGGGUCUAUCGAGUGAUGUAGAGUCUGACUCUGAGGAGGUGGACUCCCCAGCUGACGUAAACCCUCUGGCACAGCUCGAUUAGACUACUCUGCACUAGCUGUUGUGCUAGCUUUAUAGCAACCUGGAAAUUCUCAGGCCUCAUGUGUAAUUUGUGAGGAUGCAUUUCAGUGGCUAUGAAAAUGCUGAAAAAAAGUGCAAUUUUAUAGAAUGAAAGUUCUCACUAUUAGCGGCUGCUCUCAAAUUUAUAAAAAUUUUCCACGGGCUGAUUUGAUUGCUGGGAGUGGUUUGGUAAAUUUGCUGUGUCAUAUAAGUGAGUCAGGAGAGACGAGCUGAGCUGAAUCGAUAAGAGUUGAAAUACAAUAAUAAAAAUAAAGACGUUAAAUUACUUGAACCAGAUUUUCUUUAUUUGUAAUGUGCUCAGUGUCUCGAUCUCUGACAUUUCUCUCUUUAACCAUUUGUGUACACAGUAUGUUUUACGUUUUACACUCCUGGGAGAGUUCUCACAAUGGGGCGUAUCUACUUAAGAUUACAUUCUGUUCCUGCCAACACUGAAUGUCUGCCACACUUUUUUUUUUUCCUUCCCUUUCAAGGUGAGUUCUUAUCCAUUCAUCAGUUAUUCUGAUACCAGUUUUAAACAAAAGCUUACUUGUUUCACUUUUGUCCCUGGUUUCCACUCUGUUUCUCCCUGGAACAUUUGUUGCUGUUUGUUUUCUGUCAUUCAAUCUGAUUAAAAGCUGUUUUAUCCUG